CUCCCAAAUCGCUCCACCAUUUUAUAUGGGAGUACUUCUUUCAGACUUCAAAUUCGCUCGUGGUGUUCCUACUCUCCUCAAUAACCCUACACCCCCUACAAUUGAAUUCCUGAAAUCGCUACCUAACGAUUUCUCAUCGCAAGAAUGGGGCAUUCACGUUUUGGUCCUAGAAGCCCUCGGCUCCAACAUAAAGCCUACAAUUUACGUCGGUUCGAGCGCCAACCACAAAGGCAUAAAAGCGCGUAUCAGAAUGCAUCAAACCGCCAGUGCCGGGUGAUGAGAGAGUAGGUAGUCAGAUAAUAAAUGCAUCGAGGACUGGGUCAUAAGAUGACAGGCU